UGUGUGUCCGUGUGAUCCAGAGCGGGAGGGAGGAGGAAGCGGAGGGGGAUGGUGGGGGGAAGAGGAGGAGGAGGAGGGGGAGGAGGAUGGGGAGGGGCGGGGCGGAAGCAGGAGAGGCGGGCGCUGAUGGUGGCGUUCGCGGUGGCGCUGCUGAUGGGCACCGCCGUCUACUUCCGCAUCUGGGCGCGCCAGUCCACCGACCCCUCCUUCACCGUCGACGACCGCGAGGAGCUCCGGAGGCAAUUUGAGCGUGCCAACCUAGAAGCAAUGGAUGAAUCUGCUGAAUGGAGAAUGAAAUAUGACACAGAGUUUGCGAAAAACAAACAGAUGCAAGAUGAACUUUUAAAGGCUAAGGCCUCACUCUCUGCUUCAACUAAGAGAUUUAGCCUAUUGAAAAAGGAUAAUGAGGUGUUGAAGAGGCAGAUUCAGAUCAUGAAACAGCAAUGCAAUUGCACUGUUACAUCGAACCUUACACAAGAAUAAUGACAUUACUACAUACUUCUUUUGUAGUUUAGCAUUCAUCUUCCUUAAAAUUUGACAUAUGAACUAGCGGGAGGCCUAGUAGAGUGGUGAAGUAUGAAGUAGGAGAAAUAGCUACUGUAGCAAGAAUAUUACUUUGCUUGCAAUUGUUAGUGAGUUUUACACAUGCCAUUUUGAAGUGGUUGCUCCUGACUAGCAAACUACCAGUGCAAAUAGAAGAUUUUUGGUUCAUUUGAGUGGUGUAUUCAGUUAUAAGUUAUCCUUGACUGGCCCUUACAAGGCUGUUUGGUAUUUGUAAAUAUACGUUGUCUUAAUGGCCAUAUCCAGUUCCUUUCUUGUUUGGUCCGUGCC